GCGUGUGCCUCGUGCGAAGUCACGGAGAAAGGUUCUCUACUUCUGUCAUUCAAAAGUUGAAGUUUUCCUACACUUUCGCGGGAAGUUUUCCACAAAAAUUGUUGUAAAAUAUUUCUGGAAUACCAUGGGCGAGAAUGGCCGGACAAUGUUUGGUGAGCGACUUGGAAGGGAGGUCGGAUGUCUUCGGAUUCAAAAGUGCGACGAACCACAGCCGGGCACAGCGCAUUCAGUCUCCUUCAACAAACAGCGGAGACGAAUUUCAAUGCCAGCACUACAAUUUCAGUCUGAACAGGGCCCGCAACACCACCUGUUGGUGUUGAUGGUAGGCUGUCUGAUGAGCUCUACACUGGUGCAAGACAUCGCUAGCUAGUCUCCAAGCAGAUAAACCAUAUCAAACACUUGUACUAUUUCCACAACAUCGAUGGUCCACUUUCUCAGAGUCUUGUCGUCCAGUCCAGACUUUGCACUUCCCCGUUGUCGUGGCGACAAAAACAAUAAGCUGGCUCCCAUUCUCUCCGGAGGUUGAAUCAACACGUCGCCAGGCUGGAUUGUCCUCGACUCGGCUUAUCCGGGGCCAGUCUGUUGGAAAAGUAACAGUCGACUGGCGACUGAAACAAGCUUAUCAGCGAGCGGCAAAAUGGCGUGACGCUUGGAGUGGAAACCUAAGCUAGGACCCACUUUGGGGGGAUGCGUCUAGUUCUGAAGAGGCUGCCGUGGCGGUGGGAUCACUUCGAGGUUUUUGGGGAGUCUGUCCUACACGGAAAAACUCUGACGUUGAUAAAUUUCGGGACGCCAUAUCUCACCGCAAGGUCCACAGAGGAACAUGAAGUGCGCUUGGAUCGCUUGGUUACUGGUGUUCGUUUUGUCAGACGGUGUGGUGGCACAGAUCACGUUUGACUGCCCCUCCCCCCAGACGGGCCUGGCGAACAACCCGUUCCUGAUCUACUGCGUGGUGACGUCAGACGGUGAGGAGGUACCCAACACCAACUGGCUCUUCAACAGUGUAAUCGUGCCCAACCAAGGGGAUCGCACGACUAGCACGAUGAACGGCCUGAUCAUCCAGAACCUGGUGCUGUCGGACGCGGGAGACUGGGUGUGUACAGGGGAGCUGUCUAACGGCUUCACGGACACCGUCACUGUACGGGUCAUCGUGGACGACUUUCCUGGGCCGCCCCUGAACUUGGCCUUGGAAACUCCGACCACUUCGAAUGUGCUGGUGACCUUUGACCGCCCGGAGGGGUCCGAGCCGCUGGUCUUGACACAGUGGAUCAUCGAGUACCGUGCUUCUGGUGAUGACGCCUGGACCACGGUCACAGAGACAGACACAGACGUGACAGAGUUCCCCAUCUCGGGGUUGGUGCUCCAGGAGACCUACACCUUCCGUGUGGCGGCGGAGACCGGGGCGGGGCGGGGCGACUAUUCACAGGAGGUGUCAAUCACCAUCACAGAAGUGACAACUCCACCUCCAACGACAACACCUCCAAACCCGCCACAACAGACCUUCACACCGCCUCCAUCCACAGCACCUGCCUCCCUCGCCAACAACACCGAGACGUCCCCCACCAUCGGACAGCAGUCAGGCGAUCCUCAGCCUGUUCUCAACAGCAUACUCACCAUUGUUCUGGGGCUCUUGGCUGCCCUGAUAGUGUUGGUGUUAGCCGGGGUGGGAGUGUACGUUUGGUGCAAGAGGUCCAGGAGAAGGGUGGUCUGUCAGACACAGGAUACUGCAAAGACACCCCCUGCCUGAAUAGUUUCUGAAGCAUCCCCAAUGGGGCUAAUCUUCAAGCAGAUCUUACGGUACACGUAGCAUAAGAUAGUAUCAAAAGCUGGCAGAAGAAUGAAGCCGACCUAGGCGACGGACCCCCUCUGGCCUGUUAGACUCCUUGGCUGGCUUUGAUACUAAUAUGCCACCGGAUAUCUGCUUGGAGACUACAAUGGGACAUAAUAUUCAUGCUUUGGGAGUGUGUUAGAAUUAUCUGUAUCAUUUUUGUCCAUCUGUUUUGAGAGUUUACUGUUUUGUUGUGCUGUGUCGUGUUGAAUACAGACCUAUGGCAUUUUCUGUCAUUGUAAUCAAUGUAAUGUGUAUCAUUCUCGUCAACGUUCUAGCAAAAGUAUACUACAUUUGUACAGCCGAAAAAUACACCAUAUUGUUUAAAAGCAAAAAGGCCCUGUCUUCCAAUAUCCGUCCUUUUUCAAUUGUUUUUUUUUUUUCGUUUUUUGUAUAUUGCUUUGUCCCUUUACUGUUUAACGUUGAAUAAUCAUUUCUACCAGUUUCUCACUUUUUUUUACAUAUUGAAAGGACAAAAUACUUUCAUCAGGUUUGCCUCUUAAUUGGUGUUGUUUCCCUCUUAAUUGACAUUGUUUGUCUCUUAAUUGGUGUUGUUUUCCCCUUGAUUGACGUUGUUUAAUUAAAUGUUUUUAUCCAUGGCUUGUGUAUGUGGGUACAUAUAGAUACAGUCGAAAUGUCAUGUCAACCAAACCACUUCAACUCUUUGUUGUCCUUUAUUAUAUUUCACAUCGAUCAAUUUACAUAAUAUAGGCUAAACUCAUUAAAACACCCCAGAAAAUUUUCUGGAAUCACA